UCGGAGGAUUCAAACUUCCGGCACUGUCAUGGCGGCAUGCUGCUGUUUCUGACACCGACCAGACCGAGCACCGAGCCGGCCUCCGUUCGGGCCUCAGCACGGCGCGGUUCGAGAAGCGCAGGGGUCGGUAAAGGCGUCCUCUGCUUUUCCACUUCACCACCUUCAUCAUCCUCCUCUUCAUCACCAUCGGCGUGAGCGGCCAUGGCGGCGCAAAAGCCCGUGGAGUGGGUUCAGGCCGUCAUCAGCCGAUUCGACGAGCAGCUUCCGGUGAAAGUCGGCGUUCAAAACACACACACUAAAAUCAGCACAGAACACAAUAAGGAAUGCCUGAUCAACAUCUCCAGGUACAAAUUCUCCCUGGUCAUCAGUGGACUCACCAACAUACUGAAGAACGUCAAUAACAUGAGAAUAUUUGGAGAUACUGCAGAGAAGAACCUUUACCUGUCACAGCUAAUCAUCUUGGACACAUUGGAGAAGUGCUUGGCAGGGCAACCGAAAGACAGCAUGCGUCUGGACGAGACGAUGCUUGUAAAGCAGCUGUUGCCGGAGAUCUGUCAUUUCAUCCACACGUAUCGGGAGGGAAACCAGCACGCGGCUGAGCUGAGGAGCUCCGCCUGUGGUGUCCUGUUCUCUCUGAGCUGCAGCAACUUCAACGCCGUCUUCAGUCGCAUCUCCACCAGGUUGCAGGAGCUGACGGUCUGCUCAGAAGAUAAUGUAGACGUGCACGACAUAGAGCUCAUUCAGUACAUCAAUGUGGACUGCUGUAAACUCAAACGCCUCCUGCAAGAAACUGUCUUUAAAUUUAAAGCCUUAAAGAAGCCGGCGCAGUUAAGUGUCAUCUUUAAUUUAGAGAAGGCGUUCUGGAACUGGGUGGAGAAUUAUCCUGAUGAAUUCACCAGGCUGUACCAAAGGCCUCAAACAGACAUGGCUGACUGUGCUGAGAAGCUGUUUGAUCUGGUGGACAGUUUUGCCGAAAGCACUAAGAGAAAGGCAGCUGUUUGGCCUCUGCAGAUCAUCCUCCUCAUCCUCUGUCCUGACAUCACACAAGAUAUGUCCAGAGACACAGCAGACGAUGCCAAAGACAACAAGAAGCUGUUUUUGGAGAAUCUGCGGAAAGCUUUGACUGGUCACGGUGGAAGCAAACAGCUGACGGAGAGCGCAGCCAUCGCCUGUGUUAAACUGUGUAAAGCGUCCACAUACAUCAGCUGGGAGGAUCACUCUGUUAUCUUUCUGCUGGUGCAGUCUAUCGUCAUUGACCUGAAGGGUUUGCUGUUUAACCCAGUUAAGCCGUUUUCCAGAGGCGCAGGAAGUCAGAGUGCAGACCUGGACUUAAUGAUCGACUGCUUCGUCUCCUGUUUCAGAAUCAACCCACACAACAAUCAGCAGUUUAAAGUGUGUCUGGCCUCGUCCUCUCCUUCGACCUUUCAUUUCGUGCUGGUGAAUUCUCUCCACCGCAUCAUCACCAAUUCUCCGCUGGACUGGUGGCCGAAGAUCGACACGGUGUACUGUUAUUCUGGAGAACUACGGCUCAUGUUUGCGGAGACUCUGGGUCGAGUGGUGCAGGGCUGCAGUCACACACCGCUUCGAUUGACUCCGAGUUUGACGUUUAAGGAGAAAAUGAGCAGUCUGAAGUUUAAAGAGAAAACCACUGAUCUGGACACCAGAAGUCUGAAGUAUCUGCUCUUGGCUCUGGUGAAACUCAUCCAUGCGGAUCCCAAACUGAUGCUCCAUAAUCCAGGUAAACAAGGUCUGGAGGUUCACAGCAGCACAGCGGAACUCAUUACAGGCCUCGUCCAGCUCGUGCCUCUCGCUAACAUGGGAGAGAUUUCCCAGGAGGCCAUGGAGGCUCUGCUGGUCCUGCAUCAGCCUGAAAGCAUUGAACUGUGGAACCCAGACGCCCCUAUGGAGACCUUCUGGGACAUCAGUUCUCAGGUGCUUUACUUCAUCUGUAAGAAUCUGUUUGGUCAUCCUCUGGUCAGCAGUACUGAGAUUCUGAAGUGGCUGAGAGAAAUUCUCAUCUGCAGAAACAAGUUCCUUCUCAGGAAUAAGGAUCGGGCCACAGUGGGCAGCAACAUAGCCACCUGCCGGCAGGCGCAGACCAAGCUGGAGGUCUGUCUCUACAUGUUCUUGUGGAGUCCAGACAUGGAGGCCGUUCUAGUGGCCAUGUCCUGCUUCCGUUACCUGUGUGAGGAGGCAGAAAUCCGGUGCGGUGCUGAAGACAUCCCAGUGCAGUCUCUUCUGCCAAACUACAACACCUUCAUGGAGUUUGCCUCUGUCAGUAACAUGAUGGUCACAGGUCGUUCAGCUCUACAGAAGAGAGUAAUGGCUUUGCUUCGGAAGAUUGAACUUCCCACCCCUGGAAACACAGAGGCCUGGGAAGACACACAUGCCAAAUGGGAACAUGCAACCAAGUUAAUUUUAAGUCACCCGAAAACGAAACUGGAAGACGGUCAGGAAUGGAUUAAUAUGACGGGCUUCUUGUGUGCAUUGGGCGGUGUGUGUUUGCAGCAGAGGCAUGUGUCGGCUCUGGCCACCUACAGUCCUCCUAUGGGCACCCUGAAUGACCGCAAGGGCUCAAUGGUGUCGAUGAGCUCUUGUGAGGGCAGCCCAGAGACACCUCUCGGCCGCUUUCUAGACCGUCUUCUGUCCCUGAUGGUGUGCAGUCACGAAAAAGGCCAUCAGAUCCGCACUAAUGUCAAAGACCUGGUGGGGCUGGAGCUCAGUCCAGUGCUUUACCCAAUGCUCUUCAACAAACUCAAGAACAGCAUCAGCAGAUUCUUUGAUGCCCAGGGGCCGGUGCCAAUUAAUGAGACCAACACACAGUUCGUGGAGCAGACCAUCGCCAUCAUGAAGAACCUUCUGGACAACCAUACAGAAGGAAGCUCAGAGCAUCUGGGGCAAGCCAGCAUUGAGACCAUGAUGCUCAACCUGGUCAGGUAUGUGCGUAUUCUUGGCAACAUGGUUCAUGCCAUCCAGAUUAAAACCAAAUUGUGUCAGCUGGUGGAGGUCAUGAUGGAGCGCAGAGAUGAUCUGUCCUUCUGCCAGGAGAUGAAGUUCAGGAAUAAGAUGGUAGAGUAUCUGACAGACUGGGUGAUGGGAACCUCCAACCAGGCUGCUGAUGAUGAUGUCAAAUGCCUCACCAGGGAUCUGGAUCAGGCGAGUAUGGAAGCGGUGGUGUCUCUUCUGGCCGGUUUGCCUCUUCAGCCAGAGGAAGGUGACGGAGUGGAGCUGAUGGAGGCCAAAUCUCAGCUCUUCUUAAAGUACUUUACACUGUUCAUGAACCUGCUGAAUGACUGCAGCGAGGUGGAGGAUGAGGGUCAGCCAGUGGUCGGGAGGAAGAGAGGGAUGUCCAGGCGAUUGGCAUCAUUACGCCACUGCACCAUCCUGGCCAUGUCCAACCUGCUUAGUGCCAAUGUUGACAGCGGCCUGAUGCACUCUAUCGGCCUGGGUUAUCAUAAAGACCUUCAGACCAGAGCCACCUUCAUGGAAGUGCUGACUAAGAUCCUCCAGCAGGGCACAGAGUUCGAUACACUGGCAGAGACGGCUCUGGCCGACCGCUUCGAGAGGCUGGUGGAGCUCGUCACCAUGAUGGGAGAUCAGGGUGAGCUGCCCAUCGCAAUGGCCCUGGCCAGUGUGGUGCCCUGUUCACAGUGGGAUGAAUUAGCACGUGUUCUGGUGACUCUCUUCGACUCCAGGCAUCUGUUAUAUCAGCUUCUGUGGAAUAUGUUCUCUAAAGAGGUGGAGUUGGCGGAUUCCAUGCAAACGUUGUUCCGCGGCAACAGCCUGGCCAGUAAAAUCAUGACGUUCUGCUUUAAGGUGUAUGGAGCCACAUAUCUGCAGAAGUUGCUGGAGCCGAUGUUGAGAAGUGUGAUUGCGGGCACUGAGUGGCACAUGCUGAGCUUUGAGGUGGAUCCUACCAGACUGGAGAAUGGUGAGAAUUUAGAGGAGAACCAGCGGAAUCUGCUCCGGAUGACUGAACGCUUUUUUCAGGCCAUAAUCAGCUCAUCUGGAGAGUUUCCUCCUCAGCUGCGCAGCGUCUGUCACUGUCUCUUUCAGGCUACAUGUCACUCUCUCCUGUCUAAAGCCUCUGUCAAAGACAGAAAGGAAGUGAGGAAAGCAGUGGUGAGCCAACGUUUCCCUCAGAACAGCAUUGGAGCUGUAGGCAGUGCCAUGUUCUUGCGUUUCGUGAACCCAGCUAUAGUCUCUCCAUACGAGGCAGGGAUUCUCGACAAAAAACCUCAGCCUAGGAUAGAAAGAGGCCUGAAACUUAUGUCAAAGAUCCUCCAAAGUAUUGCCAACCAUGUUUUGUUCACAAAAGAGGAGCACAUGAGGCCUUUCAAUGACUUUGUGAAGAGUAAUUUUGAUGCUGCCAGAAGAUUUUUCCUGGACAUCGCCUCGGAUUGCCCUGCGAGCGACUCUCUCAAUCACAGCCUGUCCUUUAUUAGUGAUGGGAACGUCCUGGCUCUGCACAGACUGCUGUGGAACAAUCAAGAAAAAAUUGGCCAGUAUUUAUCUAGCAACAGGGAUCAUAAAGCAGUCGGAAGAAGACCUUUCGAUAAGAUGGCCACCCUGCUCGCUUACCUGGGUCCCCCAGAACACAAACCUGUGGCUGAUACACACUGGUCCAGCUUGAAUCUUACCAGCUCCAAAUUUGAGGAGUUCAUGACCAGGCACCAGGUGCAUGAGAAAGAAGAAUUCAAAGCAUUGAAGACUCUCAACAUCUUCUACCAGGCUGGAACAUCAAAGAACGGAAACCCUGUGUUUUACUAUGUGACGCGCAGGUUCAAGACAGGCCAGAUAAAUGGGGACUUGCUUAUAUACCAUGUACUUCUCACCCUCAAACCAUACUAUGCCAAACCCUAUGAGCUAGUGGUGGAUUUAACUCAUGCUGGUCCCAGCAACCGCUUCAAGACCGACUUCCUCUCUAAGUGGUUUGUCGUCUUUCCGGGAUUUGCAUAUGAAAAUGUUGCUGCCAUUUACAUCUAUAACUGUAACACCUGGGUCCGGGAAUACACCAAAUAUCAUGAGAGACUCUUGACGGGACUCAAAGGCAGUAAGAAGUUACUGUUCAUUGAUUCGCCUGCAAGGUUGGCUGAACAUGUGGAACCAGAGCAACAGAAGCUUCCGGCAGCUACACUUGCACUGGAAGAAGACCUGAAAGUCUUUCACAAUGCGCUAAAACUGGCCCACAAAGACACCAAAGUAUCUAUUAAGGUGGGCAGUACAGCAGUGCAGGUGACCUCAGCCGAACGAACACGAGUUUUGGGUCAAUCGGUCUUUCUCAACGACAUCUACUAUGCUUCAGAGAUUGAAGAGAUCUGUCUAGUGGAUGAAAAUCAGUUCACGCUGACCAUCGCUAACCAGGGGACGCCGCUGACCUUCAUGCACCAGGAGUGUGAGAGCAUAGUUCAUUCCAUUAUCCACAUCCGCACGCGCUGGGAGCUUUCCCAACCUGACUCCAUUCCCCAACACACUAAAAUCAGGCCCAAAGAUGUUCCUGGGACCCUUCUCAACAUCGCCCUUCUCAACCUGGGCAGCUCGGACCCCAGUUUAAGGUCUGCAGCUUAUAACCUCCUGUGCGCCUUAACAUGCACCUUUAACCUGAAGAUCGAAGGCCAGCUUCUGGAGACGUCCGGCCUGUGCAUCCCUGCCAAUAACACUCUAUUCAUCGUGUCUAUUAGCCAGACUUUAGCAGCUAAUGAGCCUCACCUGACCCUGGAGUUCCUGGAGGAGUGUAUCUCUGGAUUCAGCAAGUCCAGUAUAGAACUAAAGCACCUGUGUUUGGAGUACAUGACUCCUUGGCUGCUGAACCUGGUACGCUUCUGCAAGCACAGCGAUGAUGCCAAAAGGCAACGAGUCACAGCCAUUCUGGACAAACUCAUUACCAUGACCAUCAACGAAAAGCAGAUGUAUCCAUCCAUUCAGGCCAAAAUCUGGGGGAGCUUGGGGCAGAUAACCGAUCUCCUUGAUGUAGUUCUGGACAGUUUCAUUAAAACCAGUGCGACAGGAGGUCUCGGAUCCAUCAAAGCUGAAGUGAUGGCGGACACUGCAGUGGCUUUGGCCUCUGGGAACGUCAAACUGGUGUCAAGCAAGGUAAUCAUUCGCAUGUGCAAAAUCAUCGAUAAGACGUGUCUGUCGCCCACACCAACACUGGAGCAGCACCUGAUGUGGGAUGAUAUUGCCAUCUUGGCCCGGUACAUGCUCAUGCUGUCCUUCAACAACUCUCUGGAUGUAGCCGCACACCUGCCGUACCUGUUUCAUGUGGUGACCCUGCUGGUGGCCACGGGGCCUCUGUCGCUGCGGGCGUCCACGCAUGGCUUGGUCAUCAACAUCAUCCACUCCCUCUGCACAUGCUCCCAGCUGAGCUUCAGCGAGGAGACCAAGCAGGUGUUGCGUCUCAGUCUGACCGAGUUCUCCCUGCCAAAGUUCUACCUGCUGUUCGGCAUCAGCAAGGUCAAAUCGGCUGCAGUCAUUGCAUUUCGUUCCAGCUACAGGGAUCGCUCGUUCUCGCCGGGAUCCUAUGAGAGAGAGACCUUUGCUCUGUCAUCUCUGGAGACGGUCACCGAGGCGUUGCUGGAGAUCAUGGAGGCUUGCAUGAGGGACAUUCCAGGCUGUAAAUGGCUAGACCAGUGGACCGAUCUGGCGCAGAAGUUUGCAUUUCAAUAUAAUCCAUCCCUACAACCACGAGCUCUCGUGGUAUUCGGCUGCAUCAGCAAACGAGUCACACACACGCAGAUGAAACAGAUCAUACGGAUCCUGAGCAAGGCCAGCCUUCUCCUCAGCAUCGACCGGGGUUUAGAAAGCUGUCUGAAGGGUCCCGAUAACUGUAACAGUCAGGUGCUGAUUGAAGCUACAGUCAUUGCUCUCACUAAACUACAACCUCUGCUCAACAAGGACUCAUCGAUGCACAAAGCUCUGUUUUGGGUCGCUGUGGCCGUUCUGCAGUUGGAUGAGGUGAAUCUGUAUUCUGCAGGAACUGCUCUGCUGGAACAGAACCUACACACACUUGAUAGCCUGAGAGUCUUCAAUGACAAGAGUCCUGAGGAGGUGUUUAUGGAGAUCCGCCAGCCUCUGGAAUGGCACUGUAAACAAAUGGACCACUUUGUCGGCCUCAAUUUCAACUCCAACUUCAAUUUUGCUUUGGUCGGUCACCUGUUGAAAGGGUUCAGACACCCCUCCCCCACCACAGUGGCACGGACCAUCCGCAUCCUGCACAUGCUGUUGGCAUUAGUAGGAAAACACCAGAACUGUGAUAAGUUUGAGGUGAACACGCAGAGUGUGGCGUAUUUGGCAGCACUCCUCCCGGUGUCAGAGGAAGUGCGUAGCCGCUGCAGUCUGAAACACAGGAAAUUGUUGCUCUUUUCUGAUGUCACAAUGGAGAAUGUUCAAAUGGAUUCGUAUUCUGUACAUCACGAGGAUCCAAGUGGCAGAACGUUGCGGGAAAACGAGCUGUGGGUAUCCCCGACAGUCUCAGAGCGAUACUUGGUGGCCCAUUUCCCCAUAGUGGGGCAGAUCAGCCCACGAACACGCAAAUCAAUGAGUCUGGACAUGGGACAACCCUCCCAGGUCAACACCAAGAAGCUUCUGGGGACCAGAAAAAGCUUUGACCUCCUGUUAUCAGACAGCAAAGCACCAAAGAGGCCUGAAAUAGAGUCUGGUAUCACAACGCCACCCAAGAUGAGGAGAGUGGCUGAAAACGAAUAUGAAAUUGAAACCCCAAGAAUCUCCCAUCAUCACUUGCGGAAGGUUUCUGUGUCUGAGUCCAAUGUCCUGCUAAAUGAGGAAGUUCUCACAGAUCCUAAAAUCCAAGCACUGCUUCUGACUGUGCUGGCCACUCAGGUGAAAAACACAUCAGAUGAAUUUGAGCAGAGGAUCUUGUAUGAGUUUCUAGCUGAGGCCAGUGUUGUCUUCCCAAAGGUCUUUCCUGUUGUUCAUAACCUUCUGGACUCAAAGAUUAAUACGUUGUUGUCGCUGUGUCAGGACCCAAAUCUUCUGAACCCAGUUCAUGGAAUUGUUCAGAGUGUAGUUUAUCAUGAAGAGUCUCCACCUCAGUACCAACCGUCCUACCUGCAAACUUUUGGGUUUAAUGGACUCUGGAGGUUUGCCGGUCCUUUUUCGAAGCAAACUCAGUUCCCAGACUAUGCGGAGCUGAUAGUCAAGUUUCUGGAUGCACUGAUUGACACGUAUCUUCCGGGCAUCGAUGAAGAAACAAGUGAGGAGGGUCUGCGGACACCCACCUCUCCAUACCCUCCACCUGUGCAGAGCCAGCUCAGCAUCACUGCCAACCUCAACCUCUCAAAUUCAAUGACCUCGCUGGCCACCUCACAGCAUGCACCAGGAAUGGAUAAAGGGAAAGUAGAUCUAUCCCCCACCACCACGUGUCUGGCAGCCAGCGGACGCACACGCCACGGCUCGGCCAGCCAGGUCCAGAAACAGCGCAGCACCGGCAGCUUUAAAAGACCUAGCAUUAAAAAGAUUGUAUGAGAACUGCAGCACAGCAGGGUUUCGCCUCUGCUGGACCUCUAACAUACAUUCUGCUGCCUUUUCUGAGGCUUCUCUUCACUCCCGCUAAACCCAGCGUUUACGCUAAUCUUUAGGUUCUGCUGUUCGGGAUCCAAAUAAACACCUCUGUUUUUAAAACCAGCCACUGUUUGACACGAAAUGGGAGGACGUCCUGUAUUUUUAGUUAUCUUUGUGCAUAAUAGAACUGAAGGGUAAAUUGUUUUUUUAAAGCACUACAUUCUUUCUUACUUUUAACACAUGGAAGUAUUAACCAAAUGCCAUUCCUUUAUUCUGUUUAUUUGAUUUGAUUUGAUUUAUGAGGCGCUUAAAAGAAAUGUACAAUCAUUCAUGAACUACUACAAAAACUAACACUUUAGAUUUUAUAGUACAGCAAAAAAGUGUGUAAUGAAACAUUAAAUGUGAUGGUUUGUCAAUUUGGGAUUAGAAGGGAAAGGUUUAACCCUUGUGUAUUGUUCAAAUUGACUACCCUUUUGUUAUAUUUGGGGCUGUUUUUGCUCCAUUGGCUUCCAUUAUAAUGACAUUUUUUGAUUGCAAAGCCAUGACAGCAUAUAAUCAUGCAUUCUUGAUUGUUGCUGGUUUUCCCUGUUGGGAAGAAGUCAAGUUUGUCAUUUUUACUGUUGGUCAUCAGUUGGCAGCAUUAACCCUGUAGGGUGCACUCACACUAGGCUAUCUGAACCAUGCCCGGGUGCGUUUCCCGGUUUGUUUGACAAGUGUGAGUGCUCCGAAUCUGGCCAAGAUUCAGUUGGCCAGCCCUGGCCCUGUAGGAAGAGGUGUGCCAGAGCGCGGUUCGGUUGAACUUUGGCCGCGGUAAGCUUGUAGUAUCGGUGCAAAGUGAGCGCAAAACUAAAGACCCAACAUCACUUUUAAGUGACUGUUUCAUAUGGAUUUAUUAAUCAUUCUUACUUGUCAAUGAACGCAAACUGUCAUGUUUAUUAAAGAUGCAAACUCCUCACUGCACAACAGCUGCUCCUUCAGCAAUCCUCCAGCAGCAGUGCGUAAGUUAAAACUAGCCUAGUUGUGACUUAAAGUGUUUUGUGUUAAUUGUAUCUAUCAAUUAAAAUGAGAAUGUCUUCAGGAUUGGGUUAUUCGAUAACUUUGU